UUUGCCGCCGAGUAUGAGAAGGUGUGAGGUCUUUUAGCAGUAAAACAGUAUUACGGUAUUUCAAAAGACAUACAAAUAUUUUUUCUAUUUUUUCAAAACUAAUUCGUCGUUGUUCGCGAUGGACCAACAAAUCACAGUUUCGACAGAGAUGAUUUCGACGAAAAUCAAAGUCAAAGGUUUCGAGAUACACUACUUUAAAAUUGGAAACGGACCACAGAAAUUAUUGAUUUUUCCGGGAACAUUAGGUAAAGUCGUUAAUUUUAGACCACUGACGGAACACCUCAGUAGAGAAAAAUAUACAAUAUACCUAUGGGAUCCUCCGGGUUAUGGUUUCAGUCGACCGCCGAACAGAGAUUUUUCACCGGGAUUCUUAUACCGUGACGCUGACUGCGCCAUUGCCCUCAUGGAGGCUUUGGACAUCGACAAGUAUUCGGUGUUGGGCUGGUGCAACGGUGGAUGCACCGCUCUGAUCGCAGCGUCCAAAGCCUCCGACCGAGUGGACAAGGUAGUUGUGUGGGGCUGCAACGCGUAUGUCACUAACGAAGAGCUCGAUGUCUACGAGACGACGCGCGACGUUCGCACGUGGUCCGAUGCUAGGAGACUACCGCAGUUCGAAAUGUACGGCGAGGAGUACGUGUCGAAAACUUGGUGCGGGUGGAUAAACGCCUUCUGGAAAAUUCUCAACGACGAUGCCGGUGACGUGUGCCGCGGAGUAUUGGCCGAAAUAAACGCGCCCACCCUCAUCCUGCACGGAACAGAGGACGCGCUCGUACCGGUCGAACACGCCGUAUACCUGCACAAUCACAUCAAGGGCUCGACACUUGAAAUAUUUCCAGAUGGCAAGCAUUAUAUACAUAUUAUGUACCCCUUAAAGUUUGUUUCGAUAGUGGAUAACUUUCUUUCUAUCAAACAGAAGCUGAGUAGUGCAUGGUAACCACUAAUCACCACAACUUAUAAUGCUUCAUUGUGUAUCAUUGGUAUUAAGAUUGAAGGCCUAAUAAUAAUGUUUUAAUUAAGUUAAAUUAAUUUAACACUAUUAAAAUUGGUUUAACUUGUAAACUCGACAAAGCACAUGUAAUAUAUUAAUAUGCCAUGAAUCGUGAUUAAUAAAUACCACAUUUUAUAGGUAGUUCUGUGGAGUUGCAACGCGUAUGUCACUAACGAAGAGCUCAAAGUCUACGAGACCUCGUGCGAUAUGAAUAAAAUUGCAUAAAAAUUAAAGUUACAAUCUUUCAUGCCCGACAUAAUUCUAUUACCUACCAAUUCUUAAUCAAAAUAUUUAAUAUCCCGUAUUGUAACUAACUUUAGUGUUAGGAACUUAGGAAAAAAAUUAUUCUACUAUUAAUCAUUUAGUUUGUAAUCUUAACAAAUUUUAUCAAAUUUGUACUUUUGUUUUCAACUUCUAAGACUUAUUAAGGUAUAACGUCAUAUGAAUUUUAUCUAUAAAUUGAAUAAUUUGAUAGCUUUUGACUCUCUGCCAUGCCUUCAAGCUUUAAAUCCCAAACACUUCAACUCUCAUAUCUAUCUCCGCCACAUAUACCUACUUUGUGUCAAGUCAUUUAUUUUCAUCCUCAAUUAAUUAAAUUAUAAUGCCCUGCUCUGCAGGCUAAAAAGCUCAUUUUAAUUAAUUUUCUUAAAAACUUUAAUAUUUCUUUCAAUCUCUACUCCAUUCUCAAUACUGAAUCCGUAAACUCCUAUUAACACUGUAAUCAUUUUUAUUUUAGAGACUAGCUUAAUCAUAAAAUAUACUUGUAAUUUUUAUAUUUUGUAAUUGUUGAUUGACUUGUACCUUAGAUUGUAAACUAGUAUCUAGGUAUCAAAAAAACAUAUGAAUUAUAACUAUCAAGAAUACCUAUAGUGUUUAUAAAAAAGAAAUAACUAGACAGCAUAAAUUUGAUAAAUAUAAAAAUAUUGAUAAACUUAAAAGUUAAAAUAAGUAGAAGAAUAUUAGGAUUAUGCUCCUAAUAUAUACUCUAAAUGCCAUAAUCUUUCAAGCUGCUAAGACAUUAUUACCAACACUAUACAUAACAUGGCAAUUGUCAAUUAGUAACUAUUUUUAGUUAUUUAUUAUUUUCUGAUCAUGGAUUUUUUUUUUUUU